AAUGCAUUCCGUGAUUUCAGACGAAGUAUGCACAGAUGAAGCGUUUUAUGCAUUCAUUGUUAAUCAAAUGCCAUAUAAAUGAGAUGGAUCAUUUUGAUUGAUGAUAUACGCCAUCGAAUCUAUUUUCAUUGUUGUGUAUUUCGUCUUUUGUUUGGGUCAUCUAACUUGUAUCAAAAAGAAAAACAAAGCACAUUGCAUUCAUAUUUUUAAAAUUUGUGAAAUUGAGUAACUAAAGUGUUUCGUGGGACAAUUUUUUUUUUCUAUUUUCACUCUAAAAGAGAGAAACUGAAAUUAACAAAUAAAAAUUUAGAUUUGAGGCAAAGAAAAAGCUAGCAACAGCCGAGUUCGAUUUAAUCAUUGUAUGCGUUAACAAUUAACAAACGAAAAAUGUGCAGUCCAUAUUCGGUUGAUAUUAGACCAAGACGCUUACCAGCGGAAAUCAGACAAAUCGAAGAAUCAUCAAAUGAUCACGGUAUCCGUUGUUACAUCCAAAAUGAUUCAUAUGAGUCUCUCGAAGCUGUAAUUCCUGGACCGAAAGAGACUCCGUACGAAGAAAUCCAAUUUAAAAUUGCCAUGGAAUUUGAUAAACACUAUCCAUUUAGACCACCGAGCGCAAAGUUCAUAACGCCCGUAUAUCAUCCGAAUAUCGAUACGGAUGGAAAGAUCUGUUUGGAUGUCCUACGAAUGCCGCCUGGCGGUAGCUAUAACCCAGCCAUUACACUUGAAUCCAUUUUACUUUCAAUACAACUUUUACUAAGCUCACCAAAUCCGGACGAUCCGCUACGAGACGAUGUCUCCGAUGAAUAUCGGUACAACCGUGAACUAUUCAAUAAGAACGCGAAAAAAUUAUCUGGAUUCGAUGAACCGGAAGCCGGCCAUAGUAGCAAGAGAUUGAAAACCGAUGCUGAAGAAAAUCCCAAACACAAUACUAAGCCUACUCCAAUAGUACCAAUCGAUGGGGAUGAAAUUAUAAAUAAUAGUGACCAAAAACCAAAUACAUCAAAUGAAAGUGGAACAGAUACCGAACUGGUUUCAGUUAGCUCAAAACCAAAUCGAAAACGCAAACAUGAUGAAACGUAGAAACAAAACGACCCAUCAUUCUUUUAAACUUACAAGAGAUAAUUGAUACAAUUGAAUUCAUGAUACUAUUUUAUGAAGAGAAACUAUUUUCGCGCAGUAAUGGAAUAUAUAAUAUAUAAAUUAUUUAAGCUUUAAUUAAACUAAGUAUUUAUUUAGAUUGCUUUAAACGAUUUUAAAAUCAGAUUUUAUAAUCAUCAUCGAAAUACAUUAUACAACAUACAUACAUACAAGGACAAUGCAAAACGCACAUAAGACAAAAUGAAUCAGUUCAAAGUGAUAUCAUAUUUGAUUUUUGGUCAAUGCCAUUCAAUCCAUGAAUGUAUGAUUGCUUUUGAUUUAAAGAAAAAAAAAAGAAGACCUCUUUCAAAGAGAGAUGACUAACUUCUGCACAAAUAUACGCACAAAUAUAACUAGCUUUAAUUAUCGUAGUUUCGUGGUUUUCAUUUUCAGGAUUGCAUUUCUAAACCAUUGCAAAAAUACUUUCAGGAAAUAAGUUAGAUAUAUAUUUUUUUUUUAUUUGGAAUCAAUAAAUUUACAUUAUAAAGAGA